AUGGCGGAGGACCUCGUGCCUUCGGCCGGCAUGCCGUUUGACAAUGCUAGCGCAUGGCACAACUUCACCGUCUGGACCGCUCAGCACUUGGCCUUCCUCAACAUGACCCGCAUCACACCUUCGUUUGACAAUCUUGUUUGGGCCGGUCCUCGUAUGGUCAAGAAGCUUGGUCGGCUCGGCUCCUAUAUCCCCUUUCCCGACGGUAUCGAUGGCUUUGCUGGAUUUGGCGGGCUUGGCGGAAUCGGCCAACGCGUGAUUCCGGGAGCGACCGACGCAGCGGGCAACAUCCUUUAUGGUGCCACCGGUGUGCCCGCGUCGGACGCUUUUGCCACGGCGGCUGCCGCAGCCGGUGCUGCUGCCGGCGCUACAGCUGCGGCCGAGCAGGACUUUGCAGCGACGCUGGCUGCUUCCGCCUCGCGGUUCUCACUCGAGAGCGCUCGGGGACUCGGUAGUCUCUUUAGCUAUGCCACGAGCAAGUGGGCGCUCUGCUGCAUCGCCACGGCUGUUAUCCUUAAUCGGACCUACAUCUUUGCGGCAACGCGCCGCCGCAUUCGCCUACGCUGGCCCAUCCGCCUGUUGCUGCGCAGCCUGCCCAUUGCGCUGUUCCUCGUCCAGGGCCACUUACUGCUGCAGUCCAUCCAGUGCCAGACGUCGCCCGACUUUGCCGAGCUGCGCUGGAACAACGCUUCUAAGCAGUCUGAUCUCAUGUUCUCCGAGGCGAGCGUCUUUUUGCACGGCCUCAGUUCGACGUUGCUGCUCAACCCCACCGACGCCGACUCCUGCCGUGCUAUCCGCAUGGUUCCAGUGGACCGUUAUGCGCCCACAUCCAACCUGCGCGGCUCUCUGUCGCUGCUGUGGCCGCUCUUUAUCACCUUUUGCCUGAGCAGCUUUGUCGAGACGCUCUCCUGCGCCAUACAGGGACGCCCCGUGGCCGCCGAGACCGGCAUGACUGUCUUUGAGCACUCGCUAGCCUUUGCCGAGGCCGAUGCUGCUAUUAGCAACCAACUCGGCUGGGGCACCUUUGCCGCAGCAACUGGGUCAUCUGCAUCGGCUUCUGCGUCCUCUAACAAGUCGGCCACACUGGCCGCCGUUCUUGCGGCAGCAACCCAGGCUGCUGUUGGCGGUAGCAACUCGGUAGGGGGAACUGCGAUCGCUAUGUCACGCUCCGCCAUCCUCAGCCGGGUCAAUACUCCGCCCGAAGUGCUGCUCCUUGCGUUCUUGUCCGCUAUGAGCCACGUUACAAGCCAUAUACUUGGUGUGCUCAACCUACAGGCCAAGUUCCGUUUAAUCAGCACCGGCUUUUGGGCUCUGUGCUUCAUGGCUAGUAUCGUCUGGAGCGCUCUCAACUUUUCCCUGGAUGACCCGGCUGCCCAGAGCCUGCUGCGCUUCCCCACCGUCUCUAUUGUAGGCUUCAUCCCGCACAUGCUUGUCCUCGCCGGUAUUAUCAUCUGCUUCUUCAUCUACGGCAUUGCCCUGUUGCUCUGCGCCGUGUCACAGGAGCCCGACAUCUUCUUUGGUAGCGGUGCUGAGCGUGUGACGUUCCGCGAGCGCAUUGCCCAGGCCCACUCCAACAUGCAGGCCAACUUGCCUAUGGGCAACGUCCGCAUCAGCAUGGAGAUGGACUUUUACACGGCGCUUUUGCGAGCCGGCUUUGACGCCAUCACGAUGGCAAGCGAGGCCGUAUACCUCAAUGAGGAUCGCCGCGUCAGCUUGCGCUCGCACACAUGGUUGGAAGACGAGCGCUACAAUGAGCUUCAGGAGUUGCGGUCGCGCUGGCUUGGUUCGGAUUUGCCGGGAUCCCGCUUCGAUGCCUUGGGGGCCACUGGCCUGGUGCCAAUUUCGGGAAACAAGAGUGGCCCGUACUCAACAGGCUACUCGCGCGAGCGGGCCAUCCAGAAGAACAGCGCCGCGGGCAAGCAGGGCGAGCGCAUCCGGCCCAUCCGCACUGGUAUUGGCGCGUCAGAGCGGAGCGGCCGGUGGCUGAUGGCCGUCGAAUACUUGGCCCAUGUGGGCAAGCUUAUGAUGACGUUCACAGCUGUGUACAUGCACCGGUUGUUGUCCUGGGCCGGUAUCCGCAGCCAACCACGCUGGCUCCAGCGGCUCGUACAGCGCCGAAAGGCUGGCCGCUCGGCGGGCGACCGGGACGGUUUCCUGGGUGGUGGCGACGGUCAACCCUCAUCCGACGAGGACCAUUCUAGUGAGUGGUUUGUGGCCAAGACUGGAAGCCUGCCAAUUCAGCGCCGCGGUCAGAUUGACGUUGAGCACGAGGUGCGUCGGCGGUUUGCUGCGUCACAGGAUUUGUCCAAGUCCUCGCGCCAGGAGGAGCGCGAGAUCGACAACAAGCUGUAUCUUUGGUGGCUCAAGGGCGGCUGGUGGGGCGAGGUGGACACCAGCGGUGACUACGAGCCGAGCAUUGCGGCCGAUGAUGAUGACGCGACGAGCGUUAUUUCCGUUUUCGACAUGGAAGGCAGCGAGUCGGAGUGGGAGGACGACGAGACCGACGGCGACAACGCAAACGUGAACAGAAGCGACGCGGCCGGCAGCUACAGUUACGAAUAUGACGGUAGCAACAGUGACAUCGACAACGACGGUCAGCGCACGCCCACACAGCAGUCCCCUUGGAUCACGCGCGAGAGCACACCGAUGCACGACGUCUCCAUGGAGGCACCGGAGCUGGCCCGCCUCCUCGACCCGCAGAGCCCCGAAGAGCGAGCCGAGGCGCAGGCCCUCGCCGCUCACCUCAACAGUGACGGAAUUCUGACGCGGUCUGCAUUUGCGCGCUUCCGACAGCGUCAGCGUGCCGAGCUGCUUGCCACGUCGCGGUAUGGCAUUGGCGCCAGCCGGCUGGUCAGCAGCUUCCGGCCCGGCGCUCGCAUGACACCCGAUGAAGAGGCCCAGCUGCUGGAGCAGAUCCUGUUGUCGCGUCGUGCGGCGAUGCGUCCCCUCGCGCCACUGAGCGAUAACCGUGGCGUGGACGAUGAUGGCGACAUGACUCUUAGAGGUGGCGGAGGAGAAGGAGAAGGAGGUGAGUCGUCGUGGGCCAACGGUGCGGCCGGGAUGGGCUCUGAUGGGCCUCAAUGCGUUGUCUGCCAGAGCUCACCCCGCACGAUUAUUGUGUGGCCGUGCCGGUGCCUGAGCCUGUGCGACGACUGCCGCGUGUCGCUGGCCAUGAACAACUUUGACAAGUGCGUGUGCUGCCGGCGGGAUGUCGUCAGCUUCAGCCGCAUCUUUGUACCUUGA